ACUUUGAAAAGAAGGUAAUUCAAGUGUCGCUGACUUGUCUAUCGUAGUGCUGUUCACAUGUAAAACCGUUAUGGCCCGCUUAAAGAGCUGGACGCCGACAUCUGCCCUAGUGAUCCGAAUCUUCAGCUUGCGCACCACCACCGUGUCGCAGAGCCUACGUGGUCCUACUUCUACAGUCGAAAGCUGCUUGCUCUCCAUUUCGUUCAUUACGAGCUUCGACUCUAUCCACAGUCCAACAAUCCAGGAUUAUCCUGCACCAGCGAAUAUCCUGGAUUAUGAGCAACUGAAGGAGUUGCUAGACGUGCUGAAUAAUGUUGGUGCUAGUGCGUGAUAUCCCUUCGACGUUCGGCGUGCCAUGCCGUAUAUGAUGGAGUACAUUUUUUCGCAGUAUCGAAAUGGACAAACUGAAGUAGUGACGAUUAGAAAUUGUGCAAUUGCGCCACGUUGGUAUUACUACCAC